GUGCAGCCAGGAGGGGGCGGGGGCAGGGGCCACGGUGACAGGAAGCUGGGCGCACAAGUUGGCCAUUUCGGGGGCAAAAUAACUUCUCCCUCGGAUCUGGGAAGGACAAAGCCAGCAAGCUACCUCUUUUGUGUCGGAUGAGGAGGACCAACCAUGAGCCAGAGCCCCGGUGCAGGCUCACUGCCGCUGCUGCCACCACGGUCAGCUCCAGUUCCUGCCAGGAGUGGGUGCGAGGUGGCAAACCUGCUCCGGCUCUUCCAGAUCCCGCAGAUAAGCUACGCGUCCACCAGCGCCAAACUCAGCGACAAGUCGCGCUAUGAUUACUUUGCCAGGACUGUGCCCCCCGACUUCUACCAGGCCAAAGCCAUGGCCGAGAUCUUGCGCUUCUUCAACUGGACCUACGUGUCCACCGUGGCCUCGGAGGGCGACUACGGGGAGACAGGCAUCGAGGCCUUCGAGCAGGAAGCCCGCCAGCGCAACAUCUGCAUCGCCACAGCGGAGAAGGUGGGCCGCUCCAACAUCCGCAAGUCCUACGACAGCGUGAUCCGGGAGCUGCUGCAGAAGCCCAACGCGCGCGUCGUGGUCCUCUUCAUGCGCAGCGACGACUCGCGCGAGCUCAUCGCCGCCGCCAGCCGCGCCAACGCCUCCUUCACCUGGGUGGCCAGCGACGGCUGGGGCGCGCAGGAGAGCAUCGUCAAGGGCAGCGAGCACGUGGCGUUCGGCGCCAUCACCCUGGAGCUGGCCUCGCAGCCCAUCCGCCAGUUCGACCGCUACUUCCAGAGCCUCAACCCCUACAACAACCACCGCAACCCCUGGUUCCGGGACUUCUGGGAGCAAAAGUUCCAGUGCAGCCUCCAGAACAAACGCAACCACAGGCGCGUUUGCGACAAGCACCUCGCCAUCGACAGCAGCAACUAUGAGCAAGAAUCCAAGAUCAUGUUCGUGGUGAACGCGGUGUAUGCCAUGGCCCACGCCCUGCACAAAAUGCAGCGCACCCUCUGUCCCAACACUACCAAGCUUUGUGAUGCUAUGAAGAUCCUGGAUGGGAAGAAGUUGUACAAGGAUUACUUGCUAAAAAUCAACUUCACAGCUCCAUUUAACCCAAAUAAAGGUGCAGAUAGCAUCAUCAAGUUUGACACUUUCGGAGACGGAAUGGGGCGAUACAACGUGUUCAAUUUCCAGUAUGUGGGUGGAAAGUAUGGCUACUUGAAGGUUGGUCACUGGGCAGAAACCUUAUCGCUAGAUGUUGAUUCUAUUCAUUGGUCCCGGAACUCAGUCCCCACUUCCCAGUGCAGUGACCCUUGUGCCCCCAAUGAAAUGAAGAACAUGCAACCAGGGGAUGUCUGCUGCUGGAUUUGCAUCCCUUGUGAGUCCUACGAAUACCUGGCUGAUGAGUUUACCUGUAUGGACUGUGGGCCUGGGCAGUGGCCCACUGCAGACCUAACGGGAUGCUUUGACCUUCCUGAGGACUACAUCAGGUGGGAAGAUGCCUGGGCCAUUGGCCCAGUCACCAUAGCUUGCCUGGGUUUUAUGUGCACAUGCAUGGUUGUAACUGUUUUUAUCAAGCACAACAACACACCCUUGGUCAAAGCAUCAGGCCGAGAACUCUGCUACAUCUUAUUGUUUGGGGUUGGCCUGUCAUAUUGCAUGACAUUCUUCUUCAUUGCCAAGCCAUCACCGGUCAUCUGUGCAUUGCGCCGACUCGGGCUGGGGACCUCCUUUGCUGUCUGUUAUUCAGCCCUGCUGACCAAGACAAACUGCAUCGCCCGCAUCUUUGAUGGAGUCAAGAAUGGCGCUCAGAGACCCAAAUUCAUCAGCCCCAGUUCUCAGGUUUUCAUCUGCCUGGGUCUGAUACUGGUGCAAAUUGUGGUGGUGUCUGUGUGGCUCAUCCUGGAGGCUCCAGGCACCAGGAGGUACACCCUUCCAGAGAAGCGGGAAACAGUCAUCUUAAAAUGCAACGUCAAAGAUUCCAGCAUGUUGAUCUCUCUUACCUACGAUGUGAUCCUGGUGAUCUUAUGCACUGUGUAUGCCUUCAAAACGCGGAAGUGCCCAGAAAAUUUCAACGAAGCCAAGUUCAUAGGUUUUACCAUGUACACCACCUGCAUCAUCUGGCUGGCUUUCCUUCCUAUAUUUUAUGUGACAUCAAGUGACUACAGAGUGCAGACAACCACCAUGUGCAUCUCUGUCAGCCUGAGUGGCUUCGUGGUCUUGGGCUGUUUGUUUGCACCCAAGGUGCACAUCGUCCUGUUCCAACCCCAGAAGAAUGUGGUCACACACAGACUGCACCUCAACAGGUUCAGUGUCAGCGGAACUGGGACCACAUAUUCUCAGUCCUCCGCAAGCACGUAUGUCCCAACGGUGUGCAACGGGCGGGAAGUCCUUGACUCCACCACCUCAUCUCUGUGAUUGUGAAUUGCAGUUCAGUUUUCGUGUUUUUAGACUGUUAGACAAAAGUGCUCACGUGCAGCUCCAGAAUGCGGCAGCAGAGCAAAAGAACCCUAGUACCUUUUUUUAGAAACAGUACAAUAAAUUAUUUUUGAGGACUGUACAGUAUUUAGUGAUGUGCUAGAACUUUCUAGGCUGAUUCUAGUGUCCCUAUUAUUAACAGUUCCCCCUAGAACAUGGAAAUAACCAUUGUUUACAGAGCUGAGCAUUGGUGACAGGGUCUGACAGGGUCAGUCUACUAAAAAA